AAAGCAUGCAGGCUGCCGGAAUUACAAAAGGAGAAGAAGACCUGUGGUUUGUUUUGAACUCGCACAUCAGGAAGGAUUCUGACAAAAACAGCAAGUGAUGGAGUUUCCUGAAGAUUUCAACCAGCUUGAGCUUCUUAAUUCACAUGGACACUUGAUCCCCCGAGGGGCCAGCAGCCUUUGGACUGGAAGCAAAGAUGAGGAGGAAGAGGGGGACGAGGAGGAGGGGGACCGCAGUGAGGAGUGGUAUCUAGAAAAAGAAGAAAGUCUCAAAGACCAACCAAAGGUGCUCCUUCUGUGGGCAGCGGAAAACAAUCGCGUUUCAACCAUCCACAGGUUGUUGACUGCUGACCCAUUGCUGGUGAACUGCUGUGAUGAGGACGGAUACACACCACUGCAUCGUGCAGCGUACAAUGGCCACGUUGAUGUGGUUUCCGCUUUGAUCGCUGCCAGGUCUAAGGUUAACCCUCGGACCAUUGAAGGCUGGACGCCCCUUCACAGUGCCUGCCGAUGGAGCCGCGUUGCCGUGGCGAGUUUUCUCCUGCAACAUGGAGCCGAACUGAACGCCCAGACCAACGGUGGGCUCACGCCACUACACCUGGCCGCUUCCAACACCACCCCCUUCAGAACAGACUCUCCUCACACGUUAGAGCUCCUCCUCUCUCAGCGACACCUGAAGCCGGAGCUCCGCAGCAGCAGCGGGGAGACGGCCAGUGAGGUGGCCCGACGUACUGGCCCACAUCACGCCCUGUUUGAGAUGGUAGAAGACUGUGUCAAUGUGAUACCCAUCUCAUGAAUAUAAAAUCCCAGGUUCAGAUGUUCUUACUCUCGUCUUGUCUUUGCCAGGAAAAUGGACAGCAGGUAUAUGAAAAUUAAUGAUGUUAUACAUACAAGACAUGAACUUCCAUCACAUUAGUUGCCAUACAUUACUUGGACUUGUAUUUAUACCAAGCAGCAACCUCCAGUUGAGGCUGGCUCUAGAAGUUAGUCAAUCCCUACAGAGACCCGUGUGAAAAUACUCAACUUUACAGAAGAAAUAAACAUGUUUACAUCCUGGUACAAAA